AUGGCGGAGGCGAAGAAGGCUCAUAAGCCGAUAUAUCGAACGGCGUCUCCAUACAGUCGGCCGCAAGUCCUCUCAUCACCCAUCGGAGCAUCCACCGCUACUCUGAAGAAGUCUAAGGGCAAAAAAUCUCGCAAGUGGAAGCGCAGACCGAGUCAGCCCGCCGAAGGCCAGUCGAAAGAGCCCGGCCCAUCGGUACAGGAAGGUUCGACCGCGCAUUCCUCUGGGACUCUGCCAGAUGCACCACGACACCCUCCGUCAGCAGCGGAAGCUCCCGAUACCACGAGCCCUGACGCAACAAAGCAAGAAGCUUCCGUGACGGACAGCUCAGAUAUCCGCAAACACCUCCUCCUCGGCUUUAACGAAGUGACCCACCACCUCGAAGAACUCUCCGCCCACUCCAAACGACAGCAAGACACCACCCUCCGCCACGUCGCCGCCGUCUUCCUCUUCCGGCCCCUAGACGACCUGAUCUACGCCCACCUCCCAACGCUCUGCUACACGGCUUCCCUCGCCCAUCCGGAUCAGCCAGCAACGCGGCUCGUUGUCCUAGACCCUAGCAGGGAAAGCAAGGUCAGCACAGCGCUGGGGAAGCCGGCGCGAGUCAGCGUGGUCGGCGUUCUCGGUGGCGUGGAGGAUAGAGAAAUGCCAGCGCGAGAUGAGCUCAUGGCGUACGUGAGGAAAAGUGUCGAGCUCGUCGACGUACCGUGGUUGCGGGAAGCGAGGGCAGGGAAGUGGUUGGGUACGAAGAUUGUGUCACAGUGA